AGGCAGCCAUGGAUCUCAAAACAAGGAAUAUUUUGCCUCUAUUGUUCUUGGCAAUGGCUGCUACUACAAAUGCAUUUCUUGUUUGUAUUCCACGUCCUCCAAUUUCCCUUUCAUUCCCUUUCUCGAUUCCAAUAUUCUGCCCACCACCACCUACUCCAUCUCCACCGCCGCCUCCUCCAUCACCGCCUCCUCCAUCACCACCUCCUCCAUCUCCACCGCCUCCAUCACCACCUCCUCCCCCACUUCGAUCUCCACCGCCUCCUCCAUCACCGCCUCCUCCAUCUCCACCGCCUCCUCCAACACCAGUGAUUUUGCCACCACUACCACCACUGAUUCCUCCGACUCCAGUCGUUUUGCCACCACUACUUCCUCCGACUCCAGAUAUUUUGCCACCACUGCUUCCUCCGACUCCAACUCCUGCUCCAGAUGUUUUACCACCACUACCACCACUGCUUCCUCCGACUCCUGCUCCUGCUCCAGAUGUUUUGCCACCACUACCCCCACUGCUUCCUCCAACUCCUGCACCAGAUGUUUUGCCACCACUACCUCCACUGCUUCCUCCGACUCCUGCACCAGAUGUUUUGCCACCACUACCUCCACUGCUUCCUCCGACUCCUGCUCCUGCUCCAGAUGUUUUGCCACCACUGCUUCCCCCGACUCCUGAGGCUUUGCCACCACUACCACCACUGCUUCCCCCGACUCCUGAACCUUUACCACCACUAUCUCCAGAUGUUUUGCCACCACUAUCCCCAUUCCUUCCUCCGACUCCUGAGGCUUUGCCACCACUUGCUCCAACUCCAGCGGAAGGAUGAACCAACAACACUAAAUCUGGUUCGCAUGACUAUUACGUCCUGCACCUCUACUACUAAUCUACUAUCAUUCCACACAAUAAGAAGCCAUGUGCUUCCGCCAUCAAUGUAUCAUCACAACUUAACCAGAUUAUUUAAACACUUGUACCAUUAUAUUACUACAUUAUAUUUAUAUAUCAUCCGCGUGCUUAACCAUCUA